UGGGGAUGACUGUGUCUCCUCAGGGCGGAGAAGUUGAAUUUUCUUUCGUCUUUGUCAGUUGUUUGGCUAGUGUUUUUGUCUGUUUAUUUGAUUUACCUGCAUCAUUUUGCAGUUUAAUUGUAAGCAAUAGUAAAAUGGAAUCACCGAGUCCAGGUUUGUGGCGUUUUUAUGUUCAUUUUUGCCGAUUAAGACUAGUUUUUAUGUAACUCGCCUACAAGGGGCAAUCGCAUUCUCUCUCUCUUGCAGAGCUUGACCAAAGUCUACAAGGUCUGCUAAGUUUUGAACGUUUGGACAGAGCUUCACCGGAUUUGUGGCCCGAACAGAGUAAGUUUAAAUUCUAGGACUAAUGUAGCUUAUCACUUGACAUACUCUUAAAUAUUUGGUGUGAGUAUGAUAAAUUUGUUUUGGUUCAAAUUUUUCAUUGGUGUAGGAAAAGCUUUAAAGCAGUUUUAUUUUUUCUUUUCCUUGAUAUGAGAUCAUGGUAACUUAAUUUAAAACAAACAAAUGAAAAAUUCGAGCUGGUUAAACAUUUUAACAUAAAAAAUCAAAAUUUAACAUAUAGAAUCAGCCAGGAGCAUUUAUGGUGCUUUCAUAAUAGAAAUAUUUUAUAGGAUUUGUCCAUUUGUAUUUUCAUUAUUUUAACCUUAACCCUUUAACUCCAAAGAUCUGAUCAUCACUUCUCCCCUCUAGCUACUACACAUUUCUUUGUAAAAUUUAUUAGGAGAAUUUGGUGUUCAAUCAAGGUAAUAAGUUGUACCUGAUAAGUUUGAGUAUUCUCACUACCUGUUUGUUAUAUCAUGGAUGGAUGCUAUAGGGAGAAGUUACUUGGCAAUCACCUUUAGAAGUUAAAGGGUUAACAAAUAUGCAUGUAUGUAUGUAUGUUAUUGGUUUAUCCUAUAACUCCCUUGAUUGACUAAGAUAAAAUUUCUCCUUAUAAUUUCAAUACUAUAUCAAGCAAACAAGUGGUAAGAAUAACAAAAAAUAUCAACUAGGGGAUUCUUAGUAGAUUCAAAACCAAAUUCUCAUAACUAACAUCACAAGAAUGUUAUAGCAGACUGUAGGAAGAAUUACUAAUGAGAAUUUGGGAGUGAUAGGGUUGAUUAAAUAUAUCCUGACUUUCCCAUGGAAAAGACUGCUUAAAAAUAAUUGACAUCUUUACCUGAUAUUGUUCUCCUGGGGAAUUUCUAAGUGUUCUCUAAGGUAAUAGUGUGUAUAAGGGGUAAGAGAAUUCUGGUAUCCAUAGAAACUGAGAAUAAUAUUUUUGUCUCAUUAGUCUUCUUUUUCAAACUAAAAAACUUAAAGUUUUGUAUUCUCUAUCAACAGUUCCUGGUGUAUCUGACUUUGCUUCUCUUACUGUUAGUGUAAGUAAUACUUUGUUUUUACUAUUGAAAAUAUGUUAAUCCUUUAAUCCCUCAGAGUGACUUGUCAGAUCUAAUUUCUCCUUACAACAUCAUCCUUAAUCAAACUUUGAGGACACGAUAAUAAAGAAAUGAUCAACAACAUAUAAAGAAGAAGCUCUUGAUUGUCGAAUAAAUCCUCCUUGUUAGCAUUACAGGAAAUGUUUAUGCAGUAGUCAAGAGAUUACACAUACUGAUGUUUAAGGAUGUGAAGGGUGAAUCUAUGUUUAUAGCAGGAUAUCACCCUACUACUGAUCUUGAUCCACAGAAAGAAUUCCAGGAAACUAGAUUUGAACCUUUUUGAUACAAAAGCUGAAAACUGAACAUACAUAUGAAUAUAUUGUAUAAUUCACUGUAAUACCCAAAGGUGACAUCUUUGCACAAGAGUGUGAAUUUACUUUAAAAAGUGAUUUUUUUGUAUAAAUCAUUUUAUGCUAGCAAGUAGACACCAGACUUGGUGUUAUGCUGGCCAGUUAUCACUAAAUAACAAGUGUUUUUCAAUGCUUGUGACCAUUCAAUGCAGUAUUUAAUCCUUUUUAAUGGGUGUGUAGCCGUUUUCAUUAUCAAGUACUCCACCAAAGUGGUUGGCUGAACUGGAGAAGGAUGACAUGGACAUGCUACAAGGUAAAGUUAUCUCUGACAGUCAGUCUAAAGAUCUGAUUCAUACCCUUCCUCCACCAACCAUACAUUUUCAAACUUAUAGAUUCAAAGCUGUCAGUAAAAGACAGUAUUCAGCCAGAGCCACCAGCUAGUCUGCCAUCUUUAACUGGCAACUUUCACUUUACUUUACCUUAACUGGUGAUGAAAAAUUAAUAUAUAUUAAUUAUGGAAAUAAAUUUGUACAGCAGCCAUUUCCAGUUUUGAGUGAAAUUAAAUGUUUGAUUUACUUGUAGCAGGUUUAUACAUAUGAAUUGAUUUUGUGUUCAUAUCUUUUUGUUUUAUAUCAUAGAAUUUGGAAGUCUCACUACCUCUCAACUGAUGGAGAAAGUGCGGGGACUCCAAAACCUAGCUUUUCAGCUUGGUCUGGAUGAAGGUGAGGGCUUUCAUUGGAUUAUUUUGAUAAUUCUGAUUUACUUCUUCCAAUAAUUAAUCAAUUAUUUUUUUAACUGCUUUGUAGAAGCCAGGCUCCAUGAAAUAAAGUGUCCAUGAAAUAUGUGAACUUUUGUCUUGGAAAUUGUGUCUGAUGCAUAGAAAAACAUUUCAAAGUUUUUCUUUGUAGGACAAGCAUUGAAUUUUUAAUUUUUAUCAAGAAAAUAAUUUUUGAUGUCAAACAUUAUUUGAGGUUCUGUUAUAAUGACUCUUUAUAAAAUUCAGGUAGAAUGGCCUUUUUAUUUGUUUCUUUCAGCCAGAGAAAUGACAAGAGGAAAGUUUUUGAACAUUCUGGAAAAAGUCAACUCAGGGAGAAGAUAGGCAUACAUAGCUGGCUUAACAAUCUUUUUUCUUUUUUUAAAAAUUAGGCUGAAUGACUUCUGCCUAGACAGAUGUAGACAAUAGAAUUAAAGUCAAUGAAAUGUCUUAUCAUUAUCAUCUUUGUCAUGAACCACUCUGUAAUGUAAGAGCAGCUCUUAAGGUUAAAUUAUUAUUGGUGACAACAUGAUUUCUCAUGCAAUUUGGUGUUAAUAAGCACAAGUAAAUUUUUCAAAGGCAACAAAAUUACACAUGCUGGGAGGGGUGAGUGCAAUUUAUAGUCUCUGAAAAAAUUUACAAGAGCUUAUUUACGCCAAAUUGCACAAGAAUUCAUGUUGUUACUUGUCAAUAAUUUACACAAAAUUCAUGAUGGAAAAAAAUUGGCAGCAUGCUGUCGCUAUUUGUAAUUUUCAGUUGUGUUACAACUUUGCACUCUUGUUACAACUUUGCACCAGUAUUACAUAAAAAUGCUCUCGUUUUUAGCCAGUCAGACGCAUUAAAUUUUUUCAUGUAUGAUAAUAAGAGAAUCAAAACUUUUAUGAUGAUGGAUGUUUUUGCUAGAAAUCUUCAACAGGAAAAUAAUACAGACAUCUCUAUCCAUAAUGUUUUUACUAUUCCAGUGGAAAGUUUUGUGAAAAUGAUAACUAUUAAGUAUUUGGCUUUUCUAGUGUUUACAGUGACAUUCUCACUGACUGUGUAAUUUGCAUUUGCUGCUCCUCUGUAAUUUUUUUUGGAAUAUUUAAGCAAAAGACUGGGCAUUGAGGUCUGUUGCCCCUUACAAAAUAUUAGACUACAUCUUCCUGUUCUAAAAUUAACUAGUUAAAUCACCAUAGCAUAAGUUAGAUGUAUACUAUCAUGACAUGAGUACCUUGGAAAGAUGUUUGUCAGAAAAAAAGCAAGAGCUGUUAGCUUUGCUGCAUAAUCUUGACCAACAAAAUAUUAUAUCUUUGAGUUGCCAAUCAUAUACUGUAUUUCCUCAAAAAGCAUCUCACUCUAACUGAGCGCUUUCCCCUAAAUAAAUGCCAACCCCCUUUUUUUCUCAAAAAGCGCCUCACUCAAACUGAGCACUUUCCCCUGAAUAAAUCCCAACCCCCUUGGCCAAUAUAUGAAACAAGUGCCCCCUUCCUCUUUUACUUUCUUAAAUAGUAGGAAGACAAGGAAAACCUGCCUCUACUGCCACUUUAUUUAUAACUUUUUCAGUUUUAACUACAGUGGAUUCAAUACAGCUUAAUAGUUUCUUGAUAAGGGCUCCCCACGAUUAAGCACCUAUCUUCUGAUAAGCGUCUCUCUUUUGAGCGAAAUAGUUGAAUAGGUGCCCGGGUGCUUAAUUUGCAAGGAAAUAAAUUAUCCAAGUGGUUUGACAUAGUCAUGAGUUGUAUUGUAAAUAUUUGCUGUUGCUUAGAAAGAAUAAAAUCAAUAAGCUUUCUUCAACUGACUGUUCAAUCCUCUGUUUGUCAUGUUUUACAAACGGCAAGGAAUGUUUUGGGAGAGGUUAGAACUGAGUUAAGAAAGGGAAUGAAGAGGGUGAUUUUCCAUUCUGACAUUGGAUUAAAUCCAUUAUUGUUAAAAUUGUAAAAAUAUAGAUAAGUACCGGUACCUCUAGUUUUUAACUUAGUGAGCCUCCCGGAAGAGAUAAACUUUUAACUUCUCUGUAUAAUAUACAUACACCAUCCAGC